AGGGAGACUUUAUAUGUGAUCCUCUUAAACAACGUCUUCCCUCCUUUAAAUAUCAGGUGGAAGAGGGGGAUCUCAGCUCAUGCUCCUGACUUAUUUUUGGGGAGAAUGUUACUGUUUCGUUACUUUCUUUUUUAGGGCGUUCCAUUUCUCUCUUUCCACUUCUUCGGCUCCUUUUCCCCUCCUCCGAAAGGGGAGGGGAAUGGGCGGUUUCGGAGCCGGGUUAGCAAAAAGAAGGGAAUUGUUUGGGAGUUCAGUCAUCCAAAAAACCUUCUUCCAUAUGGCUGUCUCGAUUCCAGCGCCUUUCCCCUCUCUUAUAAUUUCUCCUUCCUGUUCCGCUGAGCUUUAUAGGAAAGCUGUAGACUCUUCCUAAAAACAGCCAACUUCCAAGUACAACAGCUUCUCUUCCUCUCUUAAACCUUCUCCAUCCAGAUCCUCAACUUCAGCUUUAUUUUGUUAUCUAGAGUACCUCACAAAGUUGAAUUUCCAUCCUUAAGUUCUCUGGGGAAGCUUAUGGGAACUCCACUUGGUAUCUUUUGCUCCAGAUUCCCCUGCAUGGAAUGGCCAUGAUAUCAGGGGGGGAAAGACCAAUGAUUGCUAUCACCUGUUUGCUCUUGGCAUAUGCUGGUUGCAUUGCAAAUCUGGGUACAUCUCUUCAGGUCACUAUCCAGCCUGCUUCUGUUGUCCAGAAAUAUGGUGGCUUGGUGAGCCUGGGGUGUAUGGUCGAACCUUUGACAAUAAAUAUAUCCUGGAGACUAAAUGGAAAGGAGCUGCUUCACUCAGAUGACGUUAUGGGGAUCCAUAUUGAUCAGAGACUACUCACCAUUGCUGCCCUAAACAACCACACAGUGGGCCAGUACCAGUGCAUAGCCCACAUGCCUGAGGGUGUUGUUGCCAGUGUUCCAGCCACGGUGACGUUAGCAAAUCUCAAAGACUUCAAAUACGAUGGUCAGCAUGUGAUAGAAGUUGAUGAAGGAAAUACAGCUGUGAUUGCCUGUGAUCUUCCUGAAAGCCAUCCCAAGGCCCAGGUUCGCUACAGUGUGAAGCAAGAAUGGCUGGAAGUCUCCAGAGACAAUUAUCUGAUCAUGCCAUCUGGGAAUCUUCAGAUAGUCAAUGCCAGCCAGAAUGAUGAGGGAACUUACAAAUGUGCAGCCUACAACCCUGUCACCCAGGAAGUAAAAACGUCUGUGUCUAGUGAGAGACUCCGUGUGAGAUGCUCAACAGCUGAGGCAGCUCGCAUAAUCUAUCCCCCAGAGGCUCAGAAGAUCAUUGUCACUAAGGGUCAAACUCUAAUCCUUGAAUGUGUAGCUAGUGGGAUUCCACCUCCACGUGUCACAUGGGCUAAGGAUGGCUCCAAUGUCUCUGGCUACAACAAGACUCAGUUCCUUCUUAGCAAUCUUCUAAUUGAUGCAAUCAGUGAGGAAGACUCAGGGACCUAUAGCUGUAUGGCUGACAAUGGAGUGGGUGAGGCUGCAGCAGCAUUCAUUCUCUACAAUGUUCAAGUAUUUGAACCUCCAGAGGUAACCUUGGAACUAUCCCAGCAGAUCAUCACAUGGGGUCAGAGUGCAAAGUUCAUCUGCAAGGUUCGAGGGAACCCCCAGCCAUCAGUUGUGUGGCUGCAUAAUGCAGUUCCUCUCUUCUCUAGCCAUCGAAUGCAACUAUCCCGCAAGGCCCUACGGGUCUACAGUGUGGGGCCUGAGGAUGAAGGAAUAUAUCAGUGCAUGGCAGAGAAUGAAGUGGGGAGUGCACAGGCUAUGAUACAACUGAGAACUACUGGGCUGGAAAUAACUCUGAAGCCACAGCAAGAUUCUGUUGCAAAUUCAACUCUGUCUGCCACAUCACCUACCAAGCCUGGCAACACUGAAAAAAUGCUGAAAGACAAAGCAAUCCUGCAAAGACCCAGGCCCACAACACCAGCAGUAUCUGUCCAGUGUACCACUAAAGAACUGGUGUCUCUUGCUGAGGCCCCUGUCAUCCUUAGCUUUCCCCGGACUACUAAAACUGAUUCAUAUGAAUUGUUGUGGAGACCACGGCAUGAUGGCAGAGCCCCUGUCCUCUACUAUGUUGUAAAACAUCGUAAGGUAAUGAAUUCUUCAGAGACCUGGACAGUGAGGGAUGUCCCUGCCAGCCAGCAUCAUCUGACUCUAACCAAAUUGGAUCCAGGAAGUUUGUAUGAAGUGGAGAUGGCUGCUUAUAACUGUGCUGGAGAGGGCCAGACAGCCAUGGUGACUUUCAGGACUGGACGACGACCAAAACCAGAUAUUGUUGCCACCAAAGAACAGCAGAUUCAGAAGGAUGACCCCGGCACCAGCUCUCGGAGCAGCAACCAGUCAGACAAUACUCGCCUGUCCCCACCCGAGGCUCCAGAUCGCCCCACCAUCUCUAUGGCAUCUGAGACCUCUGUCUACGUGACUUGGAUCCCACGUGGGAAUGGAGGAUUCCCCAUUCAGUCAUUCCGAGUAGAAUAUAAGAUACUGAAGAAGCUUGGGGACUGGGUGCUAGCCACAAGUGACAUUCACCCUUCUCGUCUCUCUGUGGAAAUUACGGGACUAGAGAAAGGCACAUCCUAUAAAUUUCGGGUGCGAGCACUCAACAUACUGGGGGAGAGUGAACCGAGUGCUCCAUCUAGACCAUAUGUGGUAUCAGGCUACAGCAACCGUGUAUAUGACCCUCCUGUUGCAGGUCCUUACAUCACCUUCACUGAUGCCAUCAAUGAGACCACCAUCAUGCUGAAAUGGAUGUACAUCCCAGCCAGCAAUAAUAAUACCCCAAUUCAUGGUUUUUACAUCUAUUAUCGACCAACUGACAGUGAUAAUGACAGUGACUACAAGAAGGAUAUGGUAGAAGGUGACCGGUACUGGCAUUCUAUCACCCACUUACAGCCAGAGACUUCAUAUGACAUUAAAAUGCAGUGCUUCAACAAGGGUGGAGAGAGUGAAUUCAGUAAUGUGAUGAUCUGUGAAACCAAAGCUCGCAAAUCUUCAGGAAUGCCUGGUCGCCUGCCACCAUCUACAGUAUCUACAAUACAACAUCCACUACCCAACAGUGGCCAUAAUGUCUUAGGGGCAGGGGCCAUGGUGGCCCGCUCCAGCGAUCUGCCAUACUUGAUUGUAGGGGUAGUGCUGGGCUCCAUUGUUCUCAUCAUUGUGGCUUUCAUUCCAUUUUGCCUUUGGAGGGCUUGGUCUAAACAGAAGCAGACUGUAGAUCUGGGUUUUCCUGGAGCAGGACUACUAGUGUCAUCUUGCCAGUACACUAUGGUGCCACUGCAAGGGGUCUCCACCCCUCGAGCUAAUGGGCUAUGUUAUGGAAAUGGUGUGCAUCUACCAGCAACCCAGGGUGCCAAUGGCCAUUUUUCCUCAGCAACAAUUGGAUAUCCCAGCACAAAGGCACAAGAUUACAGCCCAGAUGAGGUUCAACAGAAUGAGACCAAUGCUUUUCUGCAGGAGAGGGUACUGCAAAAUGGAAAUAUUCCUGCUGAGCACCAGAGGUUACCCAGUCCUGGACCAGAACAGAAUUCUUUUCUCUAUGGGUUUCCAGAUGACCCCACACACCAGCUGCAUCAGCAACAUGACAGUUGUCAUAAUCAUGCUGAACAAUUCCUUGGCCUGUGUCACUCAGUACCACAAAGCAAGAUGGGCAACUCUACUAUGGAAAUCAUGAAGGAUCAUGUCUUCCAUACAGAUUCCGCCUGCUGCCUUGGUCUAGUACCAGUUGAAGACGUCGAGAAGACAGAUUUCUGCCUCGAUAAAAGACAAGCGUGGCCCCCAAACCCAGUGAACAUUUGCUUGGGAGAAAGCUCAGAGAAGCAUCUGAACAGCCUCCCAUUACAUGCUCCCUUAGAGACUCUUCCUAGCACCAGUUAGGGAACAAAUUGCCUUAACAGAGACUAUUUUAAACAGAGAAAUGGUUAUUUAUUUUUGUAUUACAUCUCUAUUUAUAUAUUUAUGCACUUGUAAAUAGAUGUGUAUGUGCCUUCUAUAAUUACAUUGAGAGAAGUGGCAUCAUGUGCAAGAGGGAAUAAACUGAGACUGGGGUAACAGCAGGCACCUUCAUCAGGUCGUGAACUGGAAAAGGCAGCUUUUUACUCUCAGUAAUAGAAUGAGCACCAGGCCAAGAACCACGUUCUCCAGCUGCAAAAAGGUGUCUCUAACUGAUGAGAUUAUGGGAAAAGGUCAUUGCUUGGCUUCCAGUUCUCACUGCAGAAUGCCAGAUGAAACAGAUAUAAAGUAGGUACAGUAUUUAUCUCCAUUAACAAGCCAUAUUCUACAUUCACAGAUUCUUUGAUAGUGUGUCUGUAAUGAAACAAAUGCCAUGCUUCAUCAAGUAAAUAAAGACUGUUUCUCCCCUU